AUAGCUCUACAAAUAUGGAACCGUGGUGUUUCUUAGUGCUGCGCUGCUCAUCGUUCCUCAGACCAACAAUGGCUCUCGCGUUCUUUGUUCUACUACUGCUACUCGCCCCUGUCGUCGUCGUCAGCCAGCCAGGUUUCCUGAGCAUCGACUGCGGCCUGGACGACAGCUACAGCGGCUACACGGACAAGAUCACCGGCAUCGUCUACGUCUCCGAUGGCCCCUACAUAGAUUCCGGCGAGAACCGCAGGAUAGCUCCCAACCUCGAGAGCUCGUGGUUGUACCCUCAACAAACGCUCAGGAGCUUCCCGUCCGGCGUGCGGAACUGCUACGCGCUCCCCACCGUGGCCGACACCAAGUACCUGGUGCGGGCCAACUUCGCGUACGGCAACUACGACGGCAAGAACAGCUCGUCGCUGUCUUUCGACCUGCGCCUGGGGCCCAACUACUGGGACACCGUCUACCCGGAUGCGACGAUGAACUUCGUGUUCGAGGCGAUCUUCGUCGCGUGGGCAGGGUGGGCGCCGGUGUGCCUGGUGAACACCGGCCGCGGCACGCCGUUCAUGUCCUCCCUGGAGCUACGGCAGCUCGGGGAUGCGCUCUAUCCGUUGGUCGUACCCGGCCUGAUCAUAUCCAUGUAUACACGGGAAAACAUGGGGUCAAGCGAUUCACUUACACGGUAUCCUGAUGAUCGAUACGAUCGUUACUGGUGGCCGAUGGGGAUGGCCAGCUCACGGUGGGUGAACGAAUCGACCGCGCGGACCAUCCAGCCGGACACCAAUUUCGCCGUGCCCUCGCCCAUUCUGCAGACGGCCGUCGCGGCAACGGGCAACGACACGGCGCUCACCGCCAUAACGUGGCAAUAUCGUCGCUCGUCGUCGUCGUUUAUGACAUACCUGCACUUCGCCGACUUUCAAGACACCCAGAUUCGGCGGUUUGACAUCAACACCAACGAGAAUCAAUCAGGACCGACACUGAAAUCGUACAGCCCCUCGUACAUGGCUCCAUCCACUGUGUACACUGAAAAUUACACGUCUACCGACGGCAACUACAACAUCACUCUUUCUGCGAGCGCCACCUCCGUGCUGCCUCCGAUGAUCAAUGCGUUGGAGAUCUACAUUCGCGUUCCGUACGAGAGUCCAACGACACUCCCUGAAGACUUUGACGCCAUCAUGGCUAUCAAAAUUGAGUACGGAGUGAAGAAAAACUGGAUGGGUGAUCCAUGUUUUCCAACCAAAUAUGCUUGGGACGGCGUGAAAUGCAGCAAUACAAGUGGUAACACUACGAGGAUAACAUCACUAGAUCUCACAAACAGUUAUUUGCAUGGUGCAAUAUCUAAGAACUUUACACUGCUCACGGCGCUCGAGAAUUUGGAUUUAUCUCACAACAACUUAAGUGGAUCAGUACCUGAUUCCCUACUAAGUUUGCCUUCCCUACGAGUCCUAAAUGUAUCUGGCAACCAGCUGAGUGAUAACUCCCUAUGUAAAAAUUACGCGGGGUCACUAACUUUCAGAUAUGACUAUGAUGUCUCUACCUGCAAACCAUCAUCGAGCCCACCAAGAAAUAAAGCUAUCAUAGUGGUUUCAGUAGUGGUUCCUGUGCUGGUAGUAGUUGUACUUCUUCUUGCAUAUUUCAUCUGGAGGGAGAAAAGAAAGCCCAAUGUGCAACCAGUUUCCACACAUGACCUGACAACAGAUUCACAAUUUGACAAUGCUCCAAGCAGUCAUGAGGGCAACCAGAAAAAAUCUGACAAUCGCCGGUUCACAUACAAAGAGCUGGAGGUGUUAACUAAUAAUUUCAAGAAACUCAUAGGGCAAGGAGGUUUUGGGCCCGUCUAUUAUGGCCGUUUAGAAGAUGACACUGAGGUUGCUGUCAAGAUGCGUUCUGAAUCAUCAUCGCAUGGGCUUGAUGAAUUUUUAUCUGAGGUUCAGAGUUUGACAAAGGUGCAUCACAGGAACCUAGUGUCUCUGAUUGGUUACUGCUGGGAGAAAGAUCAUUUGGCACUGGUUUAUGAGUACAUGUCUCAUGGCAGUCUUUUUGAUCAUCUGAGAGGUAAAAAUGAUGCUGCUGAAGCCUUGAAUUGGAGGACACGUGUACAUGUAGUGCUUGAAGCUGCACAAGGCCUGGAUUAUCUGCACAAAGGUUGCAAUCUGCCAAUAGUGCACCGGGAUGUGAAGACCAGCAACAUUCUCAUGGGUCAAAAACUGCAAGCUAAAAUAGGAGAUUUUGGACUUUCCAAGACAUAUCUCAGCGAUACUCAGACUCACAUAUCAGCCACUGCAGCUGGCACAGCUGGUUACAUGGACCCUGAGUACUACCUCACUGGAAGGCUCACUGAGAGUAGCGAUGUAUACAGUUUCGGAGUUGUUCUGCUUGAGGUAGCCACAGGCAUGCCUCCAAUAGUGCCAGGCCAUGGCCACAUCAUUCAGCGUGUUAAACAAAAGAUUGCCACUGGCGACAUUGGUUCCAUUGCCGAUUUGCAGCUUGGAAGUGCCUAUGACAUCAGCUCCAUGUGGAAGGUAAUCGACACUGCUAUUACGUGCACUGCGGAUUCUGCUGCUCAAAGGCCAACUAUGGCCACAGUUGUGAUACAGUUGAAGGAAAGCCUGGCGUUGGAGGAAUCUCGCGAGAAGGACAGUAGCAUCAGGGCAAGCCGAGGGAGUGAUAUAGAAGCUAUGGUGUCCACAUUUCAUCCAUUGGCAAGAUGAAGCUGUACCUGUACCUGGGUUUGGUUCAUCGUUGGUGCAUCUCCACUACAGGUCUACAAUGGGUUUUUUAUGAACUCCUUGUCAUGUGAAGACACACUAGUGUAUAUUUGUGCACUGUUUUGAAUAUGCAAUUGCUUGUGUGUACAAGGACUUUGAGAGUCCUCAAUUGUGUGUGCAAGUAAUAAGGUCGGGUCUAAGCUUUCAGCUUCUCAAGGCUCUGUGACCUCAGUGCUUUAUGCAUUUUUGACAAGUAUUUCCCAUGUUUGUAUGUAAUCCAAAUCUAUUGUCGGAAAGAUUGUGCCUUUCCAUGCUGCCAUACAUAGGUUUAUUCGAUUUUCUUA